UUUCUAUCUUCAACGUAUUGACGUUACCCUUCCGCUCAACUGUCAGAGUGACGUUCACUUCACGCAAGUCUGUGGCGACGUGGAAAUAUGGUGGAAGGGGACUAGAGUAAAGUCGGAGCUUUCUCAAAUUCUUUAUUUAGUAAACAUUUGUUUAUCAUUGACCUUUACAGCUAUAGCAACCGUUCAACCUAAGCAGAAGACUGUCAAGAACCUGGGAGAAGAACGCGAGAUAGGUGCCACGAGAGCUUACAGUGCCCAGUGUGGUAGUGGGAGAUGAGGCAGUGAGAAAGAGAGCCUCUCCUCAGACCCCGUGUACUCAGGAGAUGGGAGCCAACACCAGCCAGGUCAGUGACCUGUGUGAGAACCAGAGCCUCAGGACCCUGAUCGGAACAGAGUCCAUCUCAGAGAAUGAUCCCUUCUGGAACCAGCUCAUCUCUUUCACCUUCAUCAGUCCCACUAGCAGUGGGGACUCCAAGCUGUUGGAAGAGGCUGUCAUUCCCCUCGCCAAGAUCCUGAUUGAGAAUAAUCCCAGAACAGGGAAUUUUGGAGCCCUGGUGAGAAUAUUCCUGGGAAGAACCAAAGAGCUGAAAAUAUCCACAGAAUGCCAAGAUCAGCUGUUUAUCUGGCAGGCCCACAAUGCCCUGUUUAUGAUCCGCUGCCUGCUCAAAGUCUUCAUCAGUGAGAUGACAGAAGAGGAGCUGCACCAACAGUUCUCCUACCAGGAGAGGGCGCCAGGCUCCUGCGACACGGGGAGAGAGGACUUGCUGGAGGAGCUGAUGUGUAACCUGGUACACCUGGUCGUGGAGGUGCCCCUGUUGGACAUCACGUACAGUAUCCUGUUUGAGGCUGUGACCACCAUGUUGGUGUUACUGUCCUACCAGCUCUUCCACAAGGAGAUACUGAGAGACGGACUCAUUUACCAGUACCUGAUGAAGGAACGAUGUGUGUCCCUGACCAGUCGGUUAGUGAAGACCCUGCUGUAUAACUUCAUCAGACAGGAGAAGUGUCCUCCUCCCGCCACACACAUCUUUGAUCAGCAGUCGGACGGUGGAGGCCUGCUCUACGGCCUCGCCUCAGGGGUAGCAAGUGGGUUGUGGAGUGUGUUCACACUGGGCGGAGCCAGCAGUAAACCAGGAUUGGAGCAGGAACAGAACCCGCUUCCCUUAUCCAAUCAGAGCCUGUUAUUACUCCUGGUGCUAGCCAAUCUGACAGAUGGUCCAAACGACUGCCCCAACCCCUACAGACAGGCUGUCACCUGCUUCAAAAACACACAAGACACGUCGUCCAUCCCCACAGAGCAGCACCAUACGUUCCAGAUUAACUUCAACAGCCUGUACACAGCUCUGUGUGAGCAACAGAGGUCUGACCAGGCUACGCUGUUACUCUAUACGCUGCUGCAUCAGAACACCAAUAUGAGGAACUACAUGCUGUCACGCACAGACAUGGAGAACCUGGUGGUGCCCAUCCUAGAGAUCCUGUACCAUGUGGAAGACAGGAACUCUCAUCACGUCUACAUGGCCCUCAUCAUCCUCCUCAUCCUCACUGAGGACGACACCUUCAACAGAUCCAUACACGAGGUGGUAUUGAAGAACAUAACGUGGUAUUCAGAACGUCAGUUAACAGAGAUCUCUCUGGGUAGUCUACUCAUCCUGGUGGUCAUACGCACCAUCCAGUACAACAUGACACGGACCAGGGAUAAGUACCUGCACACCAACUGCCUGGCAGCCCUGGCCAAUAUGUCAGCCCAGUUCCGCUGCUUACACCAGUACGCUGCCCAGCGCAUCAUCAGUCUAUUUGCACUGCUGUCCAAGAAGCACAACAAGGUCUUGGAACAGGCUACCCAGUCUCUGAGAGGUCCCCGGGGGGCAGACGACAGCUCUGUGCUGCCUGACUACGCCCAGGACCUGAAUGUGAUCGAGGAGGUGAUUAGGAUGAUGCUGGAGAUCAUCAACUCGUGUCUGUCAAACUCUCUACACCACAACCCCAACCUGGUCUACGCCCUGCUCUACAAGAGAGAGCUCUUCGAACAGUUCAGAACACACCCCUCCUUCCAGGACAUCAUGCAGAACCUCGACACGGUGAUAGGUUUCUUCAGCCAGCGUCUGGAAGCAGCAGGGACUGAUCUGUCAGUAGAAAGGGUUCAGGAAGUUAUCAUGAAGGGAGCACAGGCCCUUCCCAAUGACCGCCUCAAGAAGUUCCCGGAGCUGAAGUUCAAGUAUGUAGAGGAGGAUCAACCUGAAGACUUCUUCAUCCCGUACGUGUGGUCCCUGGUCUUUAACUCUGGAGUGGGUCUUCACUGGAGCACUACAAACAUACAACUCUUCAGCAUGGACUCUGCCUGAGGGGAGGUUCACUUUGAGGGGGGGGGGGGGGUUCACGCUGAGGGGGUGUUGACGCUGAGGGUUCACAUUUGUGUGUGUGUGUGUAUGCUGGGUUUCACGCUGAGGGGGUGUUGAUGCUGAGGGUUCACAUUUGUGUGUAUGUGUAUGUGUGUGUGUGUGUGUGUACCCUGCUUUGGAAGUGCCUCUACCCCCACAGGGAAAUCCCUGUAUGUUGGACAGGACAUCUGAUGUUACCUGUCCUGCUCUUCAGAUAGUCUUCUCUCCUGUGCUUCCACAGCCUGGUUAUGUAUCUAGGUACACCAUUGUUUUGACGGUGAGCUCAGUGUUGGGUCUGUGUUCACAUGGUUCAGCUCCACACCUCAACAGCAGCACUGAAUAUAAGGGAUGAUACUCUCGACAGAGACACGCUACAGUUUUGAUCCACAGUCUCUAUCAGAUUCUAUAAGUUUUUUCCCUCCCCUCCAAUUGCUUCGCGGUUUAUUUGGGUUAGCUUAAAAAAAUAUAUAUAUAUUUUUUAAGUGAUGUAGUUAUGGUUUAAGGUUGAAAAAAGUUCAGAGAGAAUUUAGAACAGGUCACCUGAGGACAGGUCAGUUGAUGACAGUUGGUGACAGCCUAAAUGAUACUUGUCUCUGUAGCCUGGUCCCAGAUCUGAUCGUAAACAGAUUCUGGGACCAGGCUUUUGUCUCACUGUCCUCACUCCAGUCUUUACUACAGGAAUCAGUUACUUCAAUAGGUUUAAACAGGGGUUCGUGUUUUUCAUCCGUUCUCAUUUUCAGUCAGUUGACCCAAUGUUCUUUUGUGCACAAUCAUGUUUGUUUAUUUGUUAAUUUGCAUGUUUUAUUUGAUUCAUUUUUUCAUUAAUGUAUUUAUUUUCAUAUCUGGAUCUGGAUAUUUGCCCCCACCAAAACAUAAACAACAGCACCAACAUGAUAAACAUAUCCUUGUAAACCAAAAUCUAAAAGUUGUUUUUUUACACACUAUCUUAUUUAGCGGAAGUUAUGUAGUUAUGUCAAUGUAGAACGACAACAACAGCUGACAGUUUUGGAAAUUCAAAGCAUAAUUAUUAUCUAUAGAAAAAUAACUCAACUGUAUAGGCUAACUGUCAUGUUUAUUUAGUCUCAAAGGGCACCUUAUUCUCUAUAUAGUGCACUAUUUUUGACCAGAGCCCUAUGCACCCUGGUCAGAAAUAAUGCACUAUAUCGGGAAUAGUGUGCCAUUUGCGAUGAAAGCCCGAUCUUGUACAGGUCAGAGAACGCAUAUAUAUUAUUUUAUAGACAAAUACAAACGCAUGUUUGUUACUUUCGACAAACGUUCAACCAUAUCAAUCUGAAGGGAAGAUGUUCCCUAUGGGUAUCCCAAAUGGCACCCUAUUCCCUAUAUAGUGCACUACUAUGGCCUACAGGACUCUGGUCAAAAGUAGUGAACUAUUUAUGCAAUAGAGUGCAAUUUGGGAUGCUUACAAGGUCACUUUGAAUAUUUUCUGUUCUGCAUAAACUGACAAAUAUAUUUAGAAUAUAUUUAUGUAUGCAUCAGCAUCAACAUGACAUGGAAAAUAAAACAUGAUUGAAACACAA